AUGACUAAUCCACCCAGUCCAAUCAAACUUGUUUCACUGUCACUAACGAGCGAUUUCUGGCAAUUUAGCAUUCAACCCGUUUGUUUGAGCGAUAAAUUGGAAACCCCGUCUAGGCGCGGAAAAAAAAGGAAAAUAUGGGAACAACAAAGAGGUGAACGAUCAAUUCGAAUUUAUUACUUAAAAAUGCGGCAGUUGGUACAUCUUUACACUGCACGAUGGCUUCUUGGUGGCUCAAUAGUUCGUUUUCUCAGACUGUCAUCUAAAUGUUAUGCCAAACAGAAACGGAGAAAAUUUAUCGAUCCUGUUGUGGUGGGUAAAACACCAAGUAAGAAGAAGAUUGCCGAAAUUUAUGACGACAUGAAAGUGGGAGAAUUGGCCAAAGUAUUAGGAAGUUCUGAGGAAGAAAUUUUACAAGUGCUCAAAAAUUUGCACAAAUUACCCAGGAGCAACAGCGAAAUGCUGGAUAUGUCUAGUAUCACCACUGUAGUUGGAGCUUUUGGCUUGAAACCAAAACUGAUACCACGUCCUCGAAAUGCUAUCAAUGAUGAUUUUGAAUUGGAUGCCUUUCCGCAGCCGCCACCUCCGGAAGAUGAAUUGAAAAAGCGUGCACCUAUAAUCACCAUAAUGGGACAUGUUGAUCAUGGGAAGACAACACUCCUUGACUGUCUAAGGCAUUCUCAAAUUGUGGAAAGCGAAUAUGGUGGCAUCACACAACACAUCGGCGCUUUUACGCUAAAAGAUAAAGAUUGUGAGAUUACAUUUCUGGACACGCCUGGACAUGCGGCAUUCGCCAAGAUGCGAGAACGUGGCGCACAUUCAACUGAUAUAGUUGUUCUGGUGGUUGCCGCCGAUGACGGAGUAAACGAACAAACGGUACAGUCCAUAAAUUAUGCGAAACAAGCAGAUGUACCGAUCGUUGUUGCCAUCAAUAAAAUUGACAAAGCUAAUGCUAAUCCUAUCCAAGCUAAGCACUCACUUAUGAAACACGGAGUUUUGGUUGAUGAUCUUGGUGGUGACGUUUUAUGUGUUGAAAUUUCAGCUCUGCAGGGUAAAAAUGUGGAUGAACUGAAGGAAGCAAUCUUGCUGCAAGCUGAAGAUAUGAAUUUGCGUUCAACGUGGAAUGGAUUAGUGGAAGGAAUUGUGAUUGAAUCAAAAAUCCAAUGUGGUAUUGGUAAAGUUUGUACAAUGAUUGUUCAGCGUGGAGUUCUUGUGAAAGGCGCCGCACUCGUUGCUGGGACAUCUUGGGCUAGGGUUCGUGCAAUGCAUGAUGAAUUUGGUCGCGAAUUAGCGAAAGCUGUCCCAAGUACCCCGGUGGUUGUUGCUGGUUGGCGAGAAAAUCUACCUACUCCAGGAGAGCGAGUUCUGCAACUGGAAAAUGAACGAAGGGCUCAGGAAGUUACUCGUUACAGAAUGAAAAAGGAAAUAAAUAAAAAAGUGGAAGAAGAUUGGAAAACAGCAGAACAGCGAAUUGAAGAAGAAAGAAAGGAAUAUUUAGAAAAUCGUCGUAAAUUAUUAGAUGCUGGUUUACGGGUUGGUUCUACAUUGCGCCUGAUUGUCCAUAAAGAGCAGAAGUACCAAAAGGAUGUUGGAAAUCAAAAACCAUGCGUAAGGUUGAUGCUGAAUACCGAUGUUGAUGGAACUCUAGAAGCUAUUCUAAAUGUUUUUGACACCUACAAAUCGGAGGAAGUCGAGCUGGACCUUGUGAGAUUCGAUGUUGGACCCCCCAGUGAGAGCGAUGUCAAGUUAGCAAAAGAUCUUGGAGUUCUGCUUUAUUGUUUCAAUGUUCAAGUGGCACCUGGAUUGAAGCGUAUUGCUGAACAAUUAGGUGUGGAAAUUGUUUGCUUCAACGUCAUUUAUCGUUUGGUAGAAGAUUUGAAAAUUCGUUUAUCGAAUUGUCUUCCGGAAGAAGUAACGUUUGAACAAGUCGGCGAAGGACAUGUAAUCAAAAGUUUUUCGGUGAUUGUUGAACGAAAGAGGCAAUCGAUUGCCGGAAUUCUGGUAGAUUGGGGUUCUAUCAAUAAAUCGGAUUCGUUACGAGUGCUGAGAGGUGCGACUGUCAUCUUUGAAGGAUCUAUACGUUCGAUGCGCAUUGGAACUCAGGCAGUGAGUUCGGCAAGCAAAAACGAAGAGGUGGGUGUUGCUGUAUGGAAUGAAAAGAUCGUUUUCAAAGAGGACGACAUUAUUGAAACGUAUCGAGAGAUGAAGGUAAAAAAGCAAAUUAGUUGGAACCCUCCGGGUUUUUAG